UAAGGUGCCCUCCGCUCCUUCCGAGUUCUGCUCCUCCUUGGAAGGGAGGGCGGACAGCUGUCCUUGCCUUCCAGGCGGUUGGCAGAGCGGCGGCUGCUCCUGCCUGCUGUCUGGCUGAUGGAGAGAUUAUUUCUAAGCCCUUCCCAUCCUCCCACCCUCUUCUCUUGCAGGACCACACUGGCUUUCCCGGUGGGACUCAGAGUGCAGAGCCCACCGCUGAAGCAGGACAGCUGGCCCGGCUCCCUCCCAGCACGAAUCCCUCAGACCCUCACCUCUCAUGGGGAAAAGGGAUUCUGGGAAAGGGGAUUGGAAAAAAAAAAACCACCCCACUCCUCCUGGGCUUUUCUGCAGCUGCUGGAGAGAGAGCUGCAGAAUGAACGGACUUCUGGUUUCUGAAGGAGGCGAGGAAAGGAAGGUUGAAAACUAACUCGGCCAGAAACUGCUGUGUUCGGGCUUUCUCUUUUCUCCUCCUUCAUCCUCACCACAAACCUGUCUCUUCCCUGGGCAUCGAGACAUGGGCUCCCCUUGCCCGGCAGAGAAACAGCUGGAAAGAGGCUCCCUGAGACAGGAGGGUUGCUCAUCGUUCUCUGGCCGUACAUUGUAAACGAAGUAACGCACGCAGAAUAACAGACGAUUGUGUGGCGAGCAAGUGUGAAAUGCAUCGGCUGUGAUGCAACUCUCCGCUGUCUGCUGGAACCCAACUGCCUCUGAAAUUGAGAGGAACUUUUAUUUCCAUUCAGCUGAUGAGUUUUUCUCGUGAUUGGAGUGCAUCUUGGAAUGACGUCUUCGGUGAUACCCAUGCCUUCCAGAGACAGGGGCCUGCAUCCCAGACACCAUCACCUCGGCUCCUGCGGCCCUUUGAGUCAGUUCUUGCCACGGCCCGUGGAGCCCCCGUCCAUCAAGGGCAUUUACUACCGCAGGGCCCGGAAGCUGGGAGCGCAGGACGCCUCCUGGACGGCGGACCUGAAGAAGGAGAUGCUGGUCAACGUGGGGGGCAAGCGGUACCUCCUUCCGUGGAGCACGCUGGACGAGUUUCCACUGAGCCGCCUGAGCAAACUCCGCUUCUGCCAGAGCCACGAAGAGAUCGCUCAGCUCUGCGACGAUUACGACGAGGAUAACCAAGAGUUCUUCUUUGACCGGAGCCCCAGCGCUUUCGGGGUGAUCGCAAGCUUCCUGGCGGCAGGCAAGCUUGUCCUCCUCCAGGAGAUGUGCGUGCUGUCCUUCCAGGAGGAGCUGACCUACUGGGGGAUCGAAGAAGCCAAUCUGGAGACGUGCUGCCUGCAGACACUGCUGAGGAAGCUGGACGAAGUGGCCGAGCUGCGCACGGAGGAGACGCUGCAGUGUCGGGCAGCCGGCCGCCCCACCGUGCACACGUCCCGCUGGGCGCUCUUCAUGAACCGGCUGCAGGAGAUGGUGGAGAACCCGCAGUCGGGGCUCCCGGGAAAGAUCUUUGCUUGUCUGUCCAUCCUCUUCGUGGCCACCAUGGCCGUCAGCCUGUGCAUUAGCACCAUGCCGGACCUGAGGGCAGAGGAGGACAAGGGCGAGUGCUCGCAGAAGUGCUACUACAUUUUCAUCGUGGAGACCGUCUGCGUGGCCUGGUUCUCCCUGGAGUUCUGCUUGAGGUUUGUCCAGGCCCAGAACAAGUGCCAGUUCUUCCAAGGGCCCCUCAACAUCAUCGACAUCCUGGCCAUCUCCCCCUACUACGUGUCCCUCGCGGUGUCCGACGAGCCCCAGGGGGACGGCGAGAGGCCGAGCCGGAGCUCGUACGUGGAGAAGGUGGGGCUGGCGCUGCGCGUGCUGCGGGCACUGCGCAUCCUCUACGUGAUGCGCCUCGCCCGCCACUCGCUAGGGCUGCAGACGCUGGGCCUCACGGUGCGCCGCUGCACGCGCGAGUUCGCCCUGCUCCUCCUCUUUCUCUGCGUAGCCAUCACCCUCUUCUCUCCUCUGGUCUACGUGGCCGAGAACGAGUCCGGGCGAGUUCUGGAGUUCACCAGCAUCCCGGCCUCCUAUUGGUGGGCCGUCAUCUCCAUGACGACCGUGGGCUACGGAGACAUGGUCCCGAGCAGCGUGCCGGGCCAGAUGGUGGCCCUCAGCGGCAUCCUGAGCGGGAUCCUCAUCAUGGCCUUCCCGGCCACGUCCAUCUUUCACAUUUUCUCGCACUCGUACCUGGAGCUCAAGAAACAGCAGGAGCAGCUAGAGGCUCGCUUCCGCCGCCUGCAGAGCGCGGCCCCGGCCAGUGAACGCGAACUCUUAAACGACGUCAAAGACCUGAUCCUGGAGGGCCCUGCCUUGCCCAUGGCAUACAUUUAACUCAAAAUCCCCCCUGAGUAUUCCAGAUCUUCAGCCCAUCGCCCUCGGCUUACAUGAACUGGAGAGCACCAGCACCUACGUCAUCCAGUGGUGUGUUCCUAGAGCUUGGGGGUCACUCCCAGGGCUAGGAGGGGCUCGAGGCCAGAGAUGUUUGGUUGGGUGAUUCUUGACCCUCCUGGCCACGACGUCCACGUCACUUGCCGUUUCCUCUCUCCCUGCUCCUCGCCGAGCACAAGCAGGUUCGCUUGCUGGGUUAGGUCUGUCUCCCUUUAAUCUCGUUUCCUUUCCUCCAGAGUCUUCAACAACCCAGGCUAGCUUCCAGACACCUAGAGAACCAAGCCUACAGAAUUCCAUUCCUCCCCGAAGACCCUCUUUCCUGGGCCAACCCACCACCAGGACCUGGAGGGUUCAGUCACUGCAAACCCUUCUGAUCAGAUCUCUCCACCCAGCUCUACUGGGGGUUCUAGCCGGGGUCAGUUUUGCUAUUGUUCACACCACCAAUGGCAUUUUUCUAAUGCAGCUGCCUUCCCCCAGCUCUGGAAGCUCUUAGCCGAGAAGGCAGAACUGGCCUCCACGUUAAGUCCCACAGUGGGGGGUGGUGGCCUGCCACCCCUCCUGACGCACUUGGGACCUGGACAGGAGCGGCACUUGUCAGCACAGCGGGUCCUCCUUGGCCACCUGGGCUCUUGGUGAGACAUCGUCCAAUUAUCCGGUCCUUGGCCUUGACAGAGGCUAACUCUCACAGGGCACUGCACUGUCGCUUGAGAGAACCAUUCCUGCUGCUGGUUCCCCCAGCACCGCAGGGACCUCGGCCUUCCACUCUCAGCUAAGCCACCACAGAUGCAGCGUAGAAAUGAGGGCAGACUUAGGAUCUACCCCUUGCCUGCUCCCCCGCUCCCCCGACCCCUUGAUGCCAGAGAAUAGACGUCCUUGGCUGAUAUUUCAAUGAAUUCAUUUGCUCAUCCAUUCAUUCAUUAAGAGACCCGGCCCUUUGCAUCCAGAGUAGGAGGCAGAGGUAGGACCAGGUCCUUAGAGAUAAAAGCAGUGCGCCGUGAGCAGAGGGGAAAGAGCAGUGCAUUCUGGGCAGUCGGCUCCCGGAGGGCUUCACAGAGACACAGGAAGGGGUUGAAUGCGGAGGGCUGUUUGGGGAGAUGAAGCUGGAAAGGUGGGCUGGGAUGAGAUGCUGUGUAGCGGACUUGGACAUUUCGGUAGAUGGAGAGGAGAUAUUGCAGAUGCUGGAGAAAGGGGUGAUGUGAACGGACUGCAGGUGUGAAUGAUGAUGAUGAUGGGAUGGGUUGCAGGAGGACCAGCUGGGAACAGGGAACAGUCGAGCAGGUCAGGCAAGCUAUGAGGGCCUGCCUCCUCCACGUCAUUAAUCGUACAAGGUGGUGGCACCCCUGGAGUCUCAUCUUUUGUUCCCCAGCUGAGCACACCUGGGAGGGGCCUCGAUAGCACCUCCCACCAGUGAUUCGGCCGUGCACAGCUGCGCACCGUCGGCUGUAAAUCCGCUAAGAGCACGGGGUUGCAAAUGGAUAAUGGAGAGAAGAUCGUGGACCUGUGGAUCUGAUGUAGUUCAAUGUGUAAGCGUGUUAGCAUUUCAUCAGUGGGGACAACUUAACGUGCUGUUUAUUCAUUCCACUAGUGUUUAGUGCAGGCCUACUAUGUGCUGGGCACACGCCUUCCCCAGACCUCAACGCCAGGGUCAGUGUGGCCUCGGCCUCUGGCACAGGGGGCACCCACAUCGGCAUCUAGCUUCAAGCUGGCCUUGAUCUCGCAGGGAGCCCUUGUUCCCUUUGACUUCUCGGGGUGCACUCCCAGCUGACAGACACACAUGUGUCCGUCCCUCUAACUCCCCCAAAGUCAGCAGGGCACCCCCCAGUCCUUCCCAUGCUGUUCCACCAAAUAGGCGCUUUGCAUAGUGGCGAGGUGGCCAGUCUCACAAGGAAAAGCCCUACCCCCUGGAAAAGCCUCCUGUGACUUCAGCCCCUUUCUGUCAGUUUCAGGCAUUGGGCUAGGUCUGUGGUUUUCCAGCUGGGGUCUCACGAAGACCCUCAGGGCUGCUGUGUGGGUGGAGAGCUCUGAAUCCCAAGGUGCAGCACUUGCAAAUAAUGAUUUUUAAAAGAAUGUGCACAUUUCUAGAUACCCUCCCCCAUUUCAGUCAUGGCCCCCACUGGGGGCGAGCUCACCCCAGAUCAGGGAAGGCCUGGGACCCACAUCAGGCCCCAUAUCGGUCCUUCUUCUUCUCAUUGGAGACUUUUCUGUGCUGCGUGCCUGAGGCAAUCACUCCCCACUCUGGCUCAGCCCAUCCUGUGACUGGCUCCCACCCAGGCCUCUCCGUUUUCCUCUGUUUCCCAUGCCAGUCAUCUGAACAAAAUGUGCCAGGACUAAAAGAAAAAUAGGUGAGCCCAUCCCCAACAUUAUAAGGCUCUAUAACGUCUCAGUACAUGCCCGGUGGAAAUUCUUUACCAAAUUAGAAGUGGGAAAUUGGAAUUGAUCGCUUACAUGUGGGGCUUAAUUAAAGGCUCUAUUUUUUUCCCUUCCCCGCAAUGUCCCGGGGGAUUGGUCUCCUUGUGUUUAGUCUAGCCUGGCAGAGCAGCCUUUCCUUCAUGCUGAUUGGGUGGGAUGGGGAUGACCAGCGAGUUGCUAGGCGGUCUCUUCAUCCCCAUUGGCUGAAAGGAGUCUUGCGAUUCCCAGAAGGGCUUGUUUUUCUCGGAGGCCAAUGGGCAUGACUGCAGCCAAAAGUCAAAAUUUUCCAGCUGAAGGCAAAAGAGCAAAGGCCCCUUUACUUCAAGCUUAUUUUCAUGCGGCUCCCAGAGGCAACUUUAAAGUGUUGGUUCAACACCUCUCUAGCCAGAGUUGAGCCCAAGUGAAUUGAGGAUGGAUGGGUUAAUUCUUCAACGCAAUGCAAGUGGGGCUCGACCCACUGACUCUAUUUUCAUAGCUUUUAGGACUGGAGAAAUUGACGCCUGGAAGGCCCAUCAGAAGACAACCUAAGCAGGUGGUUUCCAUGAGGUGUCCCUGAACAUCUGGUGAUUAAGUGUGUCUCAAAAUGAACAGCUUUGAGAAAGGGUUCAAUGAUUUUAUCAACCCUCAGGGAAUCCAUGAUCCCUGAAAAAGGACAAGAAGUUAAGUAAAUCAACUUCUGCAUUUUAAGAUGGAGAGACCAAGGCUCAGAGAGGGAAAGCCACCUACCCAAGGCCACACAGCAUGUUCGUUUAGUUAGAUCCGAGUAGCCUGAUUCCCAGCAGGACACUCUUUCUAGUAUAUCAGCUCUUAGGUUCAUCUGAAACACUGCCCAAGACCUCAAAGAAAAUAUUCAAGACAAGAUUCUAACACUUUGCCAUGCCACCCUGAACAGAGUAAGGAGGGUGGUCUUGGGGUCCCUGGGUACCAACACUUAACCCUUUGUAUAACACGGGCAUGGAAAUUGAUUUCACUGGGCCUUCCUUUUCUCAUUGAUCCCGUGGAGAAGGUGGAUGAGGUAGUUGUUAAAUUCCCUCCCAGCGUGGACAGUCUGGGAUUCUGGAAGUUCAUUGCUACAACUUAUACGAUGGAGAGAGAGGGGCAGGUAAGAAACAGGGAGAGAGGUGAGAAAGAAAAGCUGACCACAGUCCCUGACUAUUCGCAGAAUUGCUCCCAUAGCAACAAUCAGCAAGUAGUUCAAGUUUGAAUAGGAGUUCAUGAAGGUCUCUGUCCACCAGCUGCCCGCCACACGCCUACCCACCCACCUGGGCGCCUCGCCCCGGUGCCUGGCUGCACGGCUCUACAUGCCCCCUGCCCACCUCCCUCCAGCGGCGUUAAACUCCCUCCCUCCUCUCGUCCUUGUCGAAAUGCUCAUAACGGGCAUCACUUGUUGAAUGAUUACUAGGCGCCCUGCAAUUGACUUUUUAACAUUUUACUUGGGAAACACGUCAAACUGACCAAAAGUUGCAAAGAGCAAAACCAGUACAUAGACAACUCCAAUACACCUUUUAAGAAACACUUGGCCCCAUUUGUUGUAUCGUUUGCUCUAUUUUUUUAUUCCCUAUAUAGUAUGCUUUUCUGGACCAUUUGAGAAUAGAUGACUAUAUCACGGCACUCUGCUUUCAGAACUUUAGAAGGUAGUAACUGGAAAGCGUAUCAGAAGCCCACGGGUCCAAGGAUUCCCAGCCAUGAGCUUCCACAAGGGGUUUGGGAAUCUCUGGAGAUGACGUGAAACAAAGCACGUGUACGUUAUGUGCGUUUCAGAGUGCAGUGUUCGAUGAUUUCAUCAGGUUCUCAAAGGAACCUAUGACUCCUCCCCCAAGUGAAAGGAUAGAAGCUCUAAGGUAAACCAACUCCUUCAUUUUAAGGUGGAGAGCCCAAGGAGACCCGAAACGCUUUGGUACGUAGAUCCUAAGGAUAAGGAUAUUCUCGUACAAAGCCAUAAUGCAGUUACCGACGUCAGCACAUUCAACUUGGAGGCACUAUUUUAAUCUAAUCUACUGCCUGGUCCACCUCUGUCAGCUGCCCUAAUAAUAUCCUUUAUAGGCUUUUCCGUCUGGGACAGGGUCCAGCAUGGGCUUGGGUGUUGCGUUUCCUUGUCCUAUCUCUUUAGCCUCCCGUGAUCUGGAUCUUUCCACAGCCUUUCUUCGACACAGAUGACAUGGAAAUUUGGGGUGAGUAUGGACCUCUCCUUAUUCAGUAAAACACGCCUCAUUUUGUGCCCAUCCCAUCUCCUUGUGCUGAGAUUGAGACUGUGCCUUCCUGGCCACACACUAUAUCCGUGAGGUUGUGUCCCUCUCAGGGUAUCACAUCUGGGGGCGCCAUCACUGGUGACGUAAAAGCCCUUUAUUUGCGAGGUGACCCCAGGAAAUGCUGGCAAGGGAGUGGAGAGUGAGAAAGAGAAAGAGAGCAGGGGAGUGGUGGCCGGGCCCAAGGCAUUCAAAUAAGAAACAAAAUUAACCCCUGCUCCCAUGCGGGCCGGAUAGAACAUGCCAGAUGGCCGGCAGUGCAUGGACCAUUGGCGCCUCGGUGAGGAGGACAGAGGGUCCGCCUGGCAGGUGACCCCAUCCCCGAGGCUCAGAGCAGGUCCUCACUCUCCAGCUGCCACGAGAAGGGGACUGUCCCUUGCCCUCCUGACCCCGCCAGCCCGGGAACCAACCGCCUGUCUCACAGAUUCUCAGAGCUAAACGGUCCCUUACGGUCACUGGGCCCAACCCGGCCCUUUUAUGGGUGUGGACCCGGAGGCCCAGGAAGGGGACGUGAUGGGGCAGGUCACACGGUCAGAGGCGGCAAAGCCAGGACUAGCAGGCAGCGCCCGCAGCUCUGAGCCUCCGGACCCUCGCCCAGCGCUGGCCUCAUCCAUCAUUUGACAUCUAACCGAGGGGCACCUCCGAGAA